CAAUUUUUUUAAAUAAAAAUAGCAAUAAAUCAAUUUACACAAGUAAAAUGCCGCCAAUAAAAAAAUAUUCACCUUUACGCUUUUUACCCCUGAGUCAAAUGAAAAAUUAUAUACAUAUAUCUCUUGUUAUGACUUUUUUAAUUUAAUGAAAAGCCAAGUGGUUUAUAGUAUUACGGAUUACAUCCUAUGAUGACAGGAAAUAAUCAAAAGUAAAAAGAUUUAAUUGCGAUUACAUCAAAUACUGACGCAAUUUUUAAGAUUAAGAAUACUUACAUCUAACUUCGACUUCAUAAUUAAAAAUUAAAAAGAGAAUUUUCGAAAUUAAGUCUGCACACUACUGACUUUUUCUGAAGUAAUCAUUAUUACGCCCUUUUUCCGUUCGUAAAUAAUUUCAUAAGCUGGAAGUAAUCGCGAACGCGCCAAUCAACCAGUUGAAACGUGAAUUUAUUCGUCUAUACUGCGCAUGCGUAAGGUGCGCAGGAGAAGCGUGUGUUUGUUUACUUCUCAUUACGGACGCGCCGCGCGGUGAUAACAGCACGUAUUGAUUGCAUUUCCGCAUUAUUCAUUGAAAUAGGAAUUUAGAGUGUUUAAAAAUUGUUUCCACGAUGUCUGGACGUCGAGGUCGGUCAAAGAAAAUGCUUGAUUUUGUAUUUUCAGGUUGUGAACAUAAUGAAUCUCACACAGCAAAUAGAAAUGACGAACUUUUUCCUCGUAACACAAACAACCAACGGAAUAUCGAAGAGACCGAGGUAGCAAGUUCAGAUGACAAACUACAUGCGUCGCAUUCAAUUCAAAUAAGAAAGAACCAGUUUUUAAGAACUAGUAGUAAAACUACGAGCUACCGAGAAAUUGUGUCAGCUGAUGAAAAUGAAGAACCUUUCUCUCCAGCAGUGUCUGAGUAUACCUAUAUACCUACAGAAAAUUCAAGUCGGUUUUCUAGUCCAGUACGUAGCUUUAAUACUUCAGCUUCGUCUGCGUUGGUGCGAGAUGUAACAACAGCGAUAACAGCUGAUUGCAUAAUUGCUCAGGUCAAAACAGAAACCGCUUUGUAUUUGCGAUGUACAUUUAUGUAUCUCGUACUCUAA